GCACGCGCGUGCCCGCGUGACGCGGCGCAGACAUGGCGGCGGCGGCGGCGGCGCUCCGGGGCCGCCGCUUCAAGUGGUCGCUGGACCUGGGGGCGGCGCCGGGGGCUCGGCCCCGCGGAGCCGCCGAGGGCCGCGGCCCGCUCGGGUUCGCUGACCGGCAGCUGGGGGAGGGCGGCGUCCACGAGAGCGACAAGAUCCUGAUGGAGAAGCGCUGCUGGGACGUGGCUCUGGCGCCGCUGAAGCAGAUCCCCAUGAACCUGUUCAUCAUGUACAUGGCCGGCAACACCAUCUCCAUCUUCCCGGCCAUGAUGGUCUGCAUGAUGGGCUGGCGCCCGCUGCAGGCCCUCAUGUCCCUGUCUGCCACUCUGAAGGCCCUGGAGAGCUCAAGCCGGCGGGCCCUGCAGGGUCUGGUGUUCCUGGUGGGCAAUGGGCUGGGGCUGGCACUGGCCCUCUACAAGUGCCAGGCCAUGGGGCUGCUGCCCACACGCCCUUCCGACUGGCUGGCCUUUGUCACCCCCCCGCAGCGAAUGGAAUUCACUGGGGGGGGCCUGAUCUUGUGACCCCCUGCGCCCACCCACCAAUAAAGGCAAUGGCAGGA